AGACUGUCCACCAAACUGAAAAAAUCUUCAGAAUUUAAAGCACAAAUUUGCGUAUUUUCUUCCCUCUCCGGUCAUCAAUACAAUGACUGAUAUCGUUGACUUCCUUAAUCCUCCCUCAUCCUGUCAAAAUCAGCUGAUCAAGCCAGUAGUGAGCACCGCUGCUCCCCUAUCGAGCGGUCGCCAGUACGGGUGUCAAAAUAAACCCGCGUGAAUGUGAAAACCCGACUCCCCUGUCUCCAUAAAACAUCAAAAUCUCUCAAGGAAUCACGAGCUGCGGUGGAAAAGAAACAAAUCACGAGAAUCAAGAGGCAUUUUCACGAGUGAAAAUCAAAGCUGAACGACCAGAUGCCGGAAAAUCUACCUCGAGUCUCACACACUUCAAUAUGGCUGCGGAAAUCAAUAAUGAGAGUAACUCAUCAGAGGAUAGAAGAGCAUUCGACACAACUUCGUUGAAUAAACGUCUGUACAUAUGUCUCAUGUAUCAAUUCAGAGUAGCAAAUUAUUAAGAUAAAUAAUAUAUCUUUUUGAUUUACUGUAUUUGAACGAGUUUAACGAGUGAUUGAAUAAAUUAUCGAUAAGAAUAAUGAGUGAUCAUGAUGUGGAAUGACAGAAUAUAAAUCCAAAGUGUUAAUUUUCACAAUUAGAAUUGUUUAUUUCAUCAGCAGUUCGAUCUAGAGUAAUGACGAAUAGAUUUUCAACUGAAUGAGUGAAUAAAUUCCUUAAUAAUAUCAUAUAUUUUUGAAAAAUAGAAAGAUAAUUAACAUAAUUACAAUAACAACAAGAAACGUCGAUUGAGGAGGCUAUUUAAUGUCCAUUUACUAUGGACUUAUUUCUGAUGCUCAUUCUGGCUGUGAUUACAUUUAUUUGCGGUAUAAUAUGUACUCUGGUCGUGGAAUUUUAUAUACUGAAGAUUUAUGUCGAGUCAGCACCACCAGCAAAACCACCAGGCAAACCACCGCCGCAUGGAAAAGCCGAAUUACCUGAUGAAUUGGUGAAGGAUAUCAAUAAGGAGAGACAGCAUUCCAGCAGACAAAAUUUACAGGGAAAUGAAAAUUUAGCUAUUAAUCUGACACUUCAGUUUCUGUUCAAUGAGCUGAGGAAUGCUGAACGAGUGAGAUUGUGGAUGUACAGGAAGUUGAAUAAUGAAUUUAAGGAGUUACUUACGCAAACUACUACUGGUCGUCUGUUUGAUAGUGUUCAGUUACGUGAUUUAGACCUUGGUACGCAGUUUCCUAUGAUCAAGGGUCUCGAAGUGGCCGAUUCAGUAAUCAAUCGAGACACUGGAUUGCUUGAGACUCUCGAUCUCUCGUUGGAUCUCCAUUACUCCGGUAAUUUCCAACUGUCUAUAGAUGUGAAAAUGUUACUUGGAAAGACUGCCUACUUAUCACUUCAGGUUAAGAGAGUUAGUGGGAGAGCUAGACUUCAGUUUACCAGAAUUCCGUAUACUCACUGGUCGCUGAGCUUCUACUCCGAUCCAAUACUCGAACUGGAAGUUCAAUCUCAGUUUCAAGGACGUCAAUUGCAGCCCCAGAUAGUAUCUCUCAUUACGGGUCAAAUUAGACGGGCAAUUAGGAGGAAACACACACUACCAAGAUACAAAAUGCGGUACAAACCAUUCUUCCGACGAUUGAAUGAUGAGGACAUUGAUCUAUCGGAGGUUGUCACAGCCCAACUGACACCUGGUCUUCUGGAGGUCGCCUUGAUCGAGGUAGGCAGACUCCAUCUUCCCCCGAGUGUGUUCCCAGCCGAAGAACUAUCGCAAGUCGAUAUCUACUGCACCAUCAGCGUCGACUCCACCCCCUGGGUGUACCUGACCCAGUACGGAGGGAUUCCCUACAUGGUCCUAGACCUCAUAAUCAGCAAGCCGAGUUCCCAUCAGCUCGGUGUCGUUUUCAAACAAGAAGUCAUUCCCGAAAUCGGUCAAAAUUGCGUCGUAGUCGAGACUAUAGUCUCAGGAAGUCCAGCAGCAAUUGCAGAGAUGAAAAAGUCCGAUAUUCUGGUCUCCGUUGAUGGUAAAAAAAUUUCCAACAUGACACAGGUGGGAAAAUUGGUGAAGAGUGCAGCCCAACGGAGGUUUAUCAUCAGAGUUGAGCGAAGAUACGUGAAAUGUGAAGGUGAAAAAGCUCAUGCAAAACCAGAAAUCGAGAAAAUCUUGACGAAUGCUGAUAAAAAAGUGAGAAAUGAAUUGAAUGUUGAGAGUCAAGUGAAAUUCUCCGAUCUGAGGGACUCGGGGGAUUUCGAUAGUUCAGAAAAAUCAGACGGUGGAAUUAAAUUGUUCAGACGACGUAAGAGCAGUUUUCAAGUCUGCGAUGAGUUUGUUCACAUUCCUGACACUCCGUCCAGAAGAAUAUCAACGGCUUCGAGUCACUCCACGUCUAGCAAUCCUGUCAUCAGUGGUGAUGAUUUUAUGGCUCCUUGUUUGAGUGAUUUGUACUCGACAACUACCGAAAAGAAUUAUGCGUCGCUUAUUAAUUUUGAAGAGACGAGAAAUUUUCAAAUUGAUAACGAACUGCAGUACUUAAAUAUUGGGGUCUGGGCCAAGUGUAGGGGCAGGGAGGUGCCUCCGAAGAUUAUUGGGUACAUCAAUACUCCUAUUAAGCUGAUUCUUGCUCAGUGCUCUACCAACACCACUGGGCAUUACUUGAAGUGUCAGGCUCUUCUGCCGCCAGACACCGCAUCGAGUUUCAACUCAAAACUACAGGGAUAUUCGGGUUUCGAUCCUACCCUCUGCUAUGGGGACAUCCUUCUAUCUUACGACUGGGUCUCCAGCGAACCGCAGAGAAGGACCACAAGUGCUGACGUCAAGAAAGAAACUGGAACACCGAAGCAUGUGCCGCAUAUUAGUGAAAUCGUGGAUAAAAAACCUCAUGAUUUCAUUCGGACGCAUUUUCAUCGAGCAACUCAUUGCGACUUUUGUUCGAAAAAGAUUUGGCUGAAAGACGCGGUACAAUGUCGUGACUGUGGAAUGGUGUGUCAUAAAAAGUGUGAAGCACGUUGCCAAGCGUCUGGCAAUUGUGGUGCAGAAGGCUUGGCGACAAUGGCCUUUGAGGUAGAGGAAGCUGAAACAGCAGUUAGCAUUGCUAGUGAUAUGGGACCGGAGAUAUCACUGACCAGUUGUGAAGAAAACGUUCAGGGAAUGAUGGCAGUCAAGGCCAGUAUAGCAAAUACACUGCUGGGAUUGAAGAAAGCCGGAAGCACCAGUUGUCUAGCACCACCGACCUCAGGGGGUGGUGGAGGAUCGCGAAGUCUACCCCCAAGUCCCUGCUCAUCCCGCAAGAAUUCACUGAUUGGAGGACUGGGCAUAAGUAGUGAGUUAUUUGAGGGUGCAGAGCCAAGCGUCGCAGCCCCCCUGAUUUCGGGUGAAUUAGAUGACGGCCUUAUGUCUCGUGCCAAAGAAACUGGAAAAUUUUUAUUCAAAGAUUUACACGCCGAGGAGAGAAUUGAGAAAAUUAAUUCAAUGAUGGGGAAAUUGAAAGCGGCACUUGACGUAGAAACUACCUCAAGAGUAGAACUAUCUCAGUCCACUGAUAUUGACAGUGUUAAAUUGAUAACGCAGAGUGACCUACGAGUCCAGGGACUAUCCGUGUUAUUAUUGCAUUACUGCGCUGGUUUGCAGCACGCCCAAGAGCUCCUGAAUCGGCCUGAAGUCAAAAGUGAAUCACAAAAAACAAAAAGAGAAUAAUUUUAACGAGAGGAAAAAUAAUUAUCCGUUGAAUUGCCUUAAAUUCUUUUCUAGCAGAAUUAUCAACAGAAUGGUCAAUAAUUAAGGCAAUUACUAUAGUUCAAUUUUUUAAUAUAAAGCUGCUACCAAUUCAAUUGUUACCGUUUCUGGUAUUCACAAAGGAAUGAUUAAUUCUUCUUUUUUAAUAACAUAAAUGUAGUUACGCAUUUUUUAUCUUUUUUGCUUCGAAAUAAUUGUACGAAUUUACACAUGCCAAUGUCUGCACAUGUCAAUUUUAAUAUAAUACUUGAUAUCAUAUUCGUAAUCAUGCACUGACCAAUAAAAUGAACAUUGGUACCGUAACUCUAGCGAAAAAAAAAUCAAAUUUCAAACUUGAAAAAAUUUUAAAAUGUCAUUUUAACAAUUAAUCAGAGAACACCAAACGUAAGACUCACAGAUGAUGUUCACGCGGACGUCUUAGAUGUUAUGAGGUUGUGAUAAAAAAAAUAGAUGAAUAACAGAUAUAUUUAAAAGAUUUGACAACAUCCAGAUACUGUACCGAUGAUCGACGUAAUUAUGGAAUUAUUAUCGAUAUACAAUAACGAUAUUUAUGCUUAAUGUUAUUUAUGAGGAUGUAUAUGGUGCUUUAACCGUACUGGCCAUUCAAAUAGCCAACGAAACGAAGGAAUAUGAGUUAUUAUCAACUUUAUAUGUUAGAAUGAAAAAUCAAAAAGCAAAAAUUAUUAUAAAUUGCGCACUAAAAUUGUUUACUCGGAAUGAUGUAUCAUUAUUGGAGUGUAUCGUUAUUUUGUUGUAAUUCAAUAAAAUAAUUAGAUUCGAAAAGUA